AUGCCAGUAUUUAAUACCUACGUUCAUAAACCUCUCUCUGCACCCAACGCGAUAAGACUAAUUAAACUGAAUCCGUCUGUUGACAGUGAUUCUCAACUUACAUGUCAAAUCUUUGAACAUCAACUAUCAGAGAAGCAUGUGGAAUAUUCAGCCGUUUCCUAUACAUGGGGAGCGCAGAAGCUCUACCAAAGUUUGGAGAUCAGGAGCGAUGAUAAUGACGUCUCCUACCUACGAACCACGGCCGUUGUGGAUGCCCUCUUGAGACAAUUUCGGGCACCUACCAAACCCCGAUAUCUUUGGAUUGACGCCAUUUGUCUCAACCAGAACGAUGAGACAGAGAAAUCUGCCCAGGUUCCAAUGAUGGGCGAAGUCUUUCAAGACGCUAAGGCUGUGGAUAUUUGGCUAGGGCCUGAGAAUAACACGAUUCCAAAUCUAUUCGCAUUCUUCAGAGCUCUUAGCACCAUCCCCGGCAUUAGUCGAUGGAAAACGCAACUUGCAAUGGCCAAGAGGGUUUUCCUGAUUAUGAGACAAUUUUUCUUUGAUGUACACACAGCAUUGAAAGACAUGAUGGAUUUCUUUAAUCGACCCUGGUUCUUGCGUCGCUGGGUCAUUCAGGAAGUUUGCCUUGCACGCCACCCUGUGGUGCAUUGCGGCAAUCAGUCCAUCCCCUUUCGCACAGUUCACUUGGCUGCUGUUCGUUUCCAAAGGACGGACAUGUCGGACUAUGCUAUAAAAAUGGUGGCAAGCUUGGAUUCGCAGACGAUUCAUCUGAGCAUCCUAGAGCUGUUAUGGCACUUUCACCAAUCCGAUUGCCUAGAAAAGAAAGAUCGAAUCGCUGCUCUCUGGAGUCUGGUUAAUCCCAACCAACGAUUUGAACUCAACUACAACAGGCUGUGGACUGAGAUAUACCAUGAACUAGCUUGCUUCUUGUACCAAUUGAACGAUAACCACAUCAGCUUACAACUACUACUCCAUCUCUUUGAAUUUGGCCCCGUACCUCAAUCGGAGAAAAUGUCAUAUCCUUCGUGGAUUCCAGACUGGUCGAAGCGUAGACGGAGGGCUCUUCCAUACAAAACACGCAUCAAAAAUACAGAUACCUUUGAGCCUUAUCCAUGCUUUCCUGACCAAGAUGUGAAUGUUGCUGUUCAGUUUCAGCAUCAAGGACUAUUUCUACACUGUACGUUGGAUACAUGCCCCCACGGCUAUCGAGUCAAGUUCGCCGCUACAUUCGAUUCUGGAAACCAUACAGAUGGUUGCAGAAGUGAACAAGUCGUGCGUAUUAUCAGGCGGCUUUUUCCUGAUAUACAGAAUCAGGAAUCAGAUCUUAUUGCUUUCGCUUCAUUGCUUAAGUCAGUCUCGGAAUUUCGCCAUACGGAUGUCCAGCGAGAGCAAAGCAGUAGAUGCUUAGGUCAAUUUGAAAUGGAGCUUAUCAAUACUCUUGCUCUCUCGGCCGUCGGCUUCUACGAGAUGUUGUGGUGGCUUCGAACACUUGAUUCCAUUCUCACAGAUUUCUGUGUCGUGGAAUUUGAGACCUUUGCACAGAAAGUCGACUAUGGCAUUGGCCCCAAGCGGAUGCAGGUUGAUGAUGUCUUAAUACCCCUCUGGAGCGUCGAAGCUGAUUAUCACUUCUCGUUCAUAUCUAAUUCAGUAGUUACCAAAGUCCCGACCAGAACCUCGCUUGCUGUUAGAUGCUCCCUGGGAUGUCCUAAUACUAUGAGGGGCGGAAAAAGUCUUGCUGGUGAAGUUAUUGGUCCAGUUGUCUGUACUCUGAAGACGCUGGAAGCAGAUGACAAGAAAGGGGUGACAAGUGAUUCGACCACUGAUAAUAUGAAACGUCAGAGGUCUUGGUCAUCUAUACAAUUGAUAUGA